AUGGAGGAUAGCCCACUUUCCAUCACCGCCAACAUCGCCGGCCUCCUCACCUUUGUCGUGGCUAUCUUGGCAUCCAUCUAUGUCCGUGUCCUGUCUUUGCGCAAUGGCAAGGUUGAACUAGAAACCAUCCGAAAAUCCGUCGAAAAAAAUGUCAACGAUCUCCUGGAGAUGGUCCAGGAAACCACACCAAUCCCGACGCCACCAUUUCCACCAAGCCCCACCUUCUCGGGAUGGGACAGGCGCAACUCUCAGGACGAAGAAACCGAUGCUGUCCGGCUUAAGAAGCUGAGCGUGUCUUUGAGUACUACGGAGAUAAUUAUCUACAUUUACUGUUGUUCAGCUGAUAGGAGUGAAGAGGCGCUACAGCGGCUUAUAGAGCAACAAGCAGAAGUCAAGGCAAGAUUGGAAGAGCUCACCCGCCUGGUGGUUACAGCAAGUCAAGCGCCCGUGCGACUGGAGAACAUGAGCGUUAGUGGUAUCCCGGCAGAGACGCAUGUAACAGUAUCGCCUGGUCAACAAGAAGACGUUGAGCGGCAUGUAGGCGACGAGGGUUCGCAACUUGAGACAACUGAUUGUUGCGAAUAG